GUUUGUUAAAGGAGUUCUGGAAACGCCCUGAGUUUGCUUGUUACGUACGAUAUUAUUAUGUCAACAGCUAGCCUUUGUUUUCCAUUUUCCCUCUAUGGAUCUUCCUGGUAUGAUAGUUCCCUGUCCAUCGUCACAAACAGCUUACAGAGACAGUGGUAACCGUGGAGAUGUCCAGGGACAUUGUUUACACCAAUGAAGAUGUUUUCGGGGGAACCGUUUGGAGUUGACAACCAGAAAUAUGUCUUUGAAGAGUCCAUGUGUGAAACUCCAGAUAUGUCUACUUACUACCAGACUGGGAAUGAAGUGACCCUAAGAAGCACACCACAACCUGGCUACUCAGGUUCUGAUUGCUCAGGGAAGAGACCCCUCCUACUUGCUGCAGUGGGUCUGGGGAUGCUGUGUGUUCUCCUACUGGCUGGGAUCAUUGGCUUGUCAGUCUCCUUUCAGUUAACAGCGAAAACCUGUACCGAAGGAUGGCAGAGGUUUGGCUGCAGCUGUUACUACAUCUCUACUGAGGUGAACACCUGGGAUUAUGCCAGACAGGACUGUCUGAACAGAGGAGCAGACCUGGUGAUCGUAAACAGCGAAGAUGAACAGGUAUUUCUCACUACAUUUGAUCGAUGGAUCUGGAUUGGUCUGACGGACAGAGGGUCACAGGGAACCUGGAAAUGGGUGGAUGGCACACCACUGACCAAAGCGUUCUGGUGGUGGUCAGAACCUGAUUCUGCCACUGGAGAGAAGGACUGUGCUAUGAUGUAUGGAGGUGUACAAAAUAUUCCUCUACACGCAUGGAAUUACUUUAGGUGUGACUUGAAAUUGGAAUGGAUUUGUGAGGUGUUUUUUUCUUAACAAUACCAUUACAACAUUGUCUACUCUCAAACAACAACACACACACACCUUAAACUUGUCAUGCCAUAUUAUGCUUGUGAUAUUGUCACAAUAAAGUUGAUUUUCGGUUUUAUAGCAGCUUCUAGUGGUCAAUAUGAGUAAUGGUUAUUCUCCUUUAUUUAUCUAUGCCAGGGCUGGCCAACCCUGUUCCAGGAGAGCUAUUCCUUCAUGUAGGUUUUUGUUUCAACCCCAGUUGUAACUAAACUGGUUCAGUUUAUCAACCAGCUAAGUAAUAGAAUCAGGUGUACUACUUUAGUAAAGUACAAUGAAAACCUACAGGACAGCUAGCUAGCCAGUUUUACAGGAAUGAUUCAAUACAUUUUUCAAAUUAACUGCCAACAUGCCAACAUUCCGUUCAAACAACGCAGUCAAUCCACAGCAAUAUGCUGGCUGAAAUCAGUUGAUGAUAGUACUUAGACAAGUUGUAAAUGCAACAAGUACUGAUAUUGUAUCAUAUAAUAGCACUCACAGCUUUCCAAGAAAACUAAAUCUGAUACAUGUAUGGUCUGUUUACAUAUAUUUGGGAGGCUAUUUAUUCAUAAAAUUGGUAUUAAACCUGUAUUAAAUGCAUGUAUAAUUAUAUUGCAAUAAUAAUUGACUAUAAUUGCAUUACACAACUUCUGAUAUGCCUUACUUUUAUUUUCUUGCUGAAGUAAAAGCAGGAAAUGCAUCACCUAC